AUGGCUGCUUCCCCGAGUGCCGCACCGAGCCGGGAAGAGAUGGGAGUGUCGGAGGAGGAGGUGUCCACUGGCCUGAGCCCAAGGGAACCAGAAGGGGUGGCCCAGGAAGAGGACACGUGUGGCCUUGGCCAGACGGGAACCUGCUGGGAAGAGCCAGAGAGAGGGGGGGAUGAGGAGGAGGCCCCGAGCAUGGAGGCAUCAUAUCCCUUGAAGGAUGAGGAGGAGAGGGGACCCUGCAGCCCCCGUGGGGAGGACGGUGAUUUCCAGGGUGAAGAAACAGAUGCAUGGGAAGAUGAGUCCCCUCCAAAGGAAGUCGAAGCUGCUCGUGCUGUCCUCGUGGAAAGCCACCCAGUUUUGCCCAUGGAAAGUCACCUGGAAGAGGACCUUGUUGACGGGGAGCAGGAAAAGUCUGAGCAUCAGGCAAUGCCCGUGUGUGAGACAGAUCUGGAUGCAGAGGAGGAAAGGGGGCAGGAGACAUGCCCAGAGCAGGAGACAUGCCCAGAGCAGGAGCCCUCAAGCAUCCAUGAGACCAUCUCAGCAGAAGAGGCUUCAUCAGGGGCUGAAGAAGAUGCUGUGGGAUGGGAGGACCCAGGCAAAGCAAAAGAUGAGGACUGGGAGGUGAUGGCAGAGGACACAGAAGGAGUUCUGGGCACAGAAGAGCCAGCCUGGGCAGGUGACACCCCGGCAAGCGCAGGAGGGCUGGAAAGCGAGGAGAGAGAUGGCACAUCGCCAGCAGAGCUGGAGGAAACCCAGGACGAUGAUGAAGAAGAUGCUGAGAGCCAGGGGAUGAGCCAGCAACAGCCACCGCCGGAGGCUGAGCCGGCCCCGGAGCUGGCAAGGGAUGAGCAGGAGGGCACCGCAGGGCAGCCUGCCCAGGCCCCCGCAGAUGCCCCCGGGCAAGGGGACAGCCAGGAGCCGGCCGAGGCUCCGGAGGAGCCGUGGGAGGUGCAGGGUAAGGAUGCAGACAAUGAGCUUGGCUCAGAGCCGGGACGGCCGGGGAGCAGCAGCACCGGCCCGGCGGCACUGCAGCAGGCACCAGGUGACGGCACAGAGAGCGGUGAGUCGGCGGAGGAGGAUGCUGGGCAAUCGGGAGAGCUGGAGCAGGUAGCGGGAACAGGCAGGAGGGUGGAGCUGGAGGACACGCUGCCGGACAGCACACCUUUGCACCUCUACGAAGGGGAGAUGUUGGCUGUGGUAAUGCCCAGCCAAAACCCUCCGGAGACUGAGGAGACCACAGAGAGAGCCCCUUCAUCCGCAACAGCUCCAGAGGAUGAAGGAUGGCUGGAAGGGAGCGACAAGCCACCAUCACGCUCCAUGCCAGAGAGCUGCGAAGAGGAGGCAGGGAUGGAGGCAGCCCCUGCGGCAGAGGGUGCUGAGGAGGAGGAAGGCUAUUUCAUGGUCUCUGCUCCCAACCAAGAGGCGUCCAGCUUGGAGGAAGCUGAGAUCUCCGAGGACUUUGAAGAAAUUAAAGUUGAAGCAACCGAAGCUGGCAAAGAUGAUCUGGAAGCUCCUGGAGAAGCACCUCUGGCACCAGAAGAUGAAGGGCACUUUGAGGAGUUCAUUGGUGAAGCAGGUGAAGACAUGAAGAUGCCCACAGAACAACCUGAGAUGCCAAAGGAUGAAGAUGAGGAUGAGGAUGACGCUGGAGGUCUUACUGCUGAGCUGGAGGAAGGUCCAGCUGCACCAGAGGUAGAUCCCGGCUCCCCUAGGGCCACGGGGCCGUUAGGAGGAGGUGCUGACGAGCCAGCCCAGGGUGCCACAGGCACCGACACGUGCGAGGGACCAGGGCACUCAGAAGGCUUGGCUGAUGAAUCGGUCAAAGAGCUCGACGGCACGGUGGAGCCGGAGAGUGAUGCCAACAGAGCUGAAACACUCCCAGGCUGCAACCUGGGGCUG